CCGCUGUACUUGCUUCAUUGUGAGCUACUCCGAAGCUUUUCCCUACAGCUAUGUCGAAACUGAGUGGCACUGUCUUAUUUAUGAUUGAGGUGAGUAAGGAACUGGAGUUUCGCCAGCUUAUGAGUAUAGCUUGCGACUGAAUCCUUACGUGUUGAUUGUUAUCGCUUUUAAGGUUUUCAUUCUUUAUGGAAAUGGGAAGAACACAGUAGGUAGGUCAAAUCCAAUUUAAUUUGCAAUUCAGGCAGUAAUGUUAAAGUGUUGCACUUGUUCUUCACCUUCUCCUGAGAAGUUGUUGGCCAGGACUACACAAGAGGUCGGCACAAAGGGCACUGCUGAUGAUAUAAUUACAUGUAGUAUCCUAGUUGACUCUCUUCGGUUUCCAUUCUAUGUCGGUGGUCUACUGACUGAUGCUUUCCGUGACAAUACGCACUGUACAGUGAAAUACCAUUAUCCUCGAUAUUUUUAUCUGAAAGAAUCACACGGAUAAUUAUGAAAAUUGAUUUUGGUAGAAAUGUUUUUAAUAAUUGGUGAUCGCUCCUGUGAAGUACGUACUCGUGCUGCGCGCUGUGUUUUUAUUAGGAGUGCUUAUCGCUUUGGAGGUGACGAGCGACUGCAUAUUGAGCUCUGUAGUCCUUCCUGUUCCUCAGCUGUAGUUUUCCUCUAAGCGAGUAGUUUUAAAUAUCUAUCAUCUUCUCCCCUCAAGACCUUAUUUCCUUACAUUUUGGAAUAUUUGAAGCAAAAGCAAAUAAAAUAAUCUUUCCUUUUGCUCUAUCAAUGACGGCCGACCAAAUGUUACACAGCACGCAUGGUGUUUAUCAUUUUGAGCAAGAGCUAGCAGGCUUUUUAGAAAGCACUUCAUUCUAUAUUUAGUCCUAAAUUGGCUGUUAAUAGUUUUCAUAAGUUGCUAGCGAGUAGGUUCUCAUCGCCGCUGCGGAACGAGAGGUUAAAAACGAAAGACUCGAACCGGCUAGCGAGGAGGGCGAACUAGAGUUAGGGGUUUGGCGGCUCGAAACGCGUGUGCUGAGUUGCUUAUGUGCGUGUGUCACUGCGCCAGUGAGAGUGCUUUAAGCGAAUAAUUUUAUUGCGACUGUUCAAUAUAGGUGAUUGUUGUUGAUAAAAUUGUUAUUGUUUUUGAGGUUUAUUUACGGCAACGUAGCGAUUUUCAUCGAUCCACUGCCCUCAAAUCAGGAAAGCUAAAAUACCGGAAAUUUUUCAAGGUUUGGCACCAGGAAUAGAAAAGGGAUACUCAUUUCCUCUGCUGGUCCCCCGAGAUUCUUGUGGUAAUCUAGAGAGAAAGCGUUGGGUGACGAGGUCUAAUAACGGCUUUGAAUGAGGCUACUUCUUUGCUACUUUUCUUGUAUGAAGAUAAUGAAGAUUAGUAGAUACCCUUUCGGUACCAUACGUAUUAAACAUAAUCUCUUGUUGCGAUCACCACGCGGAUGAUGGUAAGGAUUAGAUUUUCUAUCACACUCCACAAGCAAUUCGUAAAAGUCAAACACUUCACUGAAGUAAUGAUUUCAAAAUAAGUUUCCCCCAAAGAGAUAUGUAAGGUAGGUAAGGAAAAACAGGGUUAGUUGCUUACAUUUCUUAUGCAUUAUGGAAAAAUAAUAAAAAACAGGCUAGUUUCUGUAAACCAGGAAAACAUAAUAAAGAAAGAAGAGAGAACUUAAACCUUUCACUCUCAGGAUUUGCCAUUGGAUCAAUUAAUAAUCCCCUUAUUAAUGUUUUUCUUUAUUCUCAUCACUUGUCUUACUUGAUAUUGUAAGGAGAAAUUCUAUCUUCGUCGGUUACAGGAGUUAAAAAGUUAAACGUCGUAAAAUUUUCGUGUUACAUAAUUUUUUUGCAGACAGCUUCACGUGCUCAAUCACAGGCUAUUUCCCCGAUCCAAAUGACUGUGCAAAGUUUUAUAGCUGUCAUUCAACUGGCAGUGAGGCGUAUUUAAUGGUAUGCCCAUCGCGUAGCCCUAUUUACAAUCCAGUGAAUAGCCAAUGCAUGAAUAUUACAAAUAGAGGUAAGUUCUUUGUUUAUUUACUAAUUAUUUUAUAUUUUUCAAACACUCUAUUAAACAUUAUUCUUAACUGUCCAUACUUUGUACUAUUGAAUUUUACUUAGUGCGCCUAAGGUGGAUUGGGUGAAUUAAAAAGUUUAGAAAGUCUAGGAGACGGUUGGCAUUAAUUGUAUUACGGUUUGUUAAGUUAGUAAUAGCAAAUUGACGAAAAAUCUUCGCCAAGCUCGAUUAAAGACAGACUAUCUGAUCCAAAUUCAAUUAUAAUCGAAUGAGAGACAAAAGGAUGCCAAUUUAAAAAAUAAUAAUAAUAAUAAUAAUAAUAAUAAUAAUAAUAAUAAUAAUAAUGAUUAUGAAGGAUUUCUAUAGCGCCAUAUCCAUUUAGCCCAUGGCGCUUUAUAACACUUUGCAAGGGACUUUGGCUAGACUGCAUUGAGCAGUUUGCAAUUUUUUUAAAGAAUUUUUGUAGAUGCCCUCAAUUUCAUAAUCAAGGGCAGACCACAACACCGGGAGCUAAGUUCCCUACUUUUUGCGAUCAGUGCGCGGGUUCAUUAACGUUGGUCUAGCUAACCAGUACAGAGAAGAGGCAGGAGACGUGGCCUAUGGCUUAUCGUCCUUAUUCGAGAAGUCUAGAAUGCCUAACCAUUUGCAGAUGCCACAGCAAAGGCGCGCAUUCUCUUCAGUUAUUUCAAGACCCUGAGUGUUGGUCCAGGCUAGAUCUUGAACCCUCGACCUCCCCCACAGCUGGCGCUCUACAACAUGAGCUAACCAGGCGGCGGUUUUUUACAAAUCGUUGAGAGGCUUACACUUGAUUUUAGGGGCAUGAAUUCUCCUCUUUUCUAUAUGGUGUACAGCAUCGAGGUUACAGAAAUGAUCUUACGUAUCAGUGAGAAAUAAAGAUUGUUUGUUUCGAAGAUAACAAUAGACCUUUUUUUCAGCUCAAAUCGCUUCACUUUGUCGCAGUUCAAUCACUCCUACUCCUAGGAUAUCCACGAGCGUCAGGAGCUUGAAACCGAGUGGAAUUUUACCUUCCUCGUCAAUCAGUGUUACCCACAGCCGAUAUACAACGACACCACGACAAUUAGUGACUACAUCUUCAUUUUCAGGUAAAGAAUAUCCCUUAUAUCAUCGAUGAGCUUUGAAAGGUAUCUUUAAAACAAGUUUGUUUUAUAUGACGUCUCCUAACAAACAAUCAUCAGAAUAUCAAUUUGAAUUUACAAUUAAUUUAUUAGAAUGAUGUAUUGUAGCAAUUUUAAGCAGUCACUAGGGUCCUGUGUACUUUUAACCGCUAAAACAUCAUAUCAAAAUGUAUGAUAAGUUUUUAAUUUUUAUCACUAUUAAUUAAAAUUUAUCAUGAUUUUCAUCAUCAUUAUCAUUAUUAUUAUUAUUAAAGCUUUCCAAACUAUUUUGUGUUUUCCAAAAUAGCAUUUUCCGUGAAAAAUGGACCUUUUAGGAAUAUUUUUCAUAUCGAUUCCGCAAAAUAUCGUGCUUUUUUUCCAGACAAAGUGAAAUGUUGGCUUCAAAGCAGCACUAUUUAGGCAAAUAAAAAGGAAAUUUCUCCUAUGUAAUAAAAGCAAAAUGCUUCAGUUUUCACGGAUUAAGAAAAUGUGUUGCUUCAAAAGAACAACAUUUUGUAUAAUUCAACAGAAAGUUAAACGUAAGUGCGUUUUACUCAUAUAAAUAUUCAAUUUCUUACUGCGUUGGUUGUUAAAUCUGGUCAAAGUGCACAUAAUGCUCUGCACGUUUAAGAAUGGAACGAUGGAGUCUUUGAUUUUAACCCUUAAUAUGUUUAAGCGGUUUUUUAAUUUUUAUUUGAUAUGUUAUCACGAACUGUAAUGCAGAAAUUCUGCAUGGUGUGGCGUGUAAUGCUGCAGAAAUUCUGCAAGGUACGACGUUAAAUGCUGCAGAAAUUCUGCAAAGUUUGAUGACCCAAGCGUGCAAAAAUUCUGCACGCCUUGACGUCCAGUGCUGCAGAAAUUCUGCAUAGUAUGGCGUCCAAUGAUGCAGAAAUUCUGCACGCCUUGACGUCCAGUUUUGCAGAAAUUCUGCACGCCUUGACGUCCAGUGCUGCAGAAAUUCUGCACGCCUUGACGUCCAGUGCUGCAGGAAUUCUGCACACCUUAACGUCCAGUGCUGCAGACAUUCUGCACGGUAUGACGUCCGCAGCAGCAGAAAUUCUGCACGCCUUGACGUCCAGUGCUGCAGGAAUUCUGCACACCUUAACGUCCAGUGCAGAAAUUCUGCACGGUAUGAAUCAUUAAUUUAUCCAAAAAUGUGCUAUUUUGGAAAACACAAAAUAGUUUGUAAAGCUUUUAUUAUUUAUUUUUAUCGGCUAGAUUCUCUUUUUGUUGAUUCCAACCUAAAAAAUUUUCGUAACCCUCAGCAAAAGUUCAACAAACUGACUCAGAGGAAGGAAAGAUAACAAGGAAGUACCAAGUCUAAAUGUCACAUUAAAACUUUACUGCUUUUUCUCUUCUUUAGAUCCAAAAAAUUCUCACCCAACCGUUGAACCAAUAAAAACGAAACAUUGUGGAUCGGUGGCCUUGGAGGAAAAGGUAGGCAACGAUUCCAAAAAUUUAACAAUCAACACAGAUGGUUUAUAAAUUAGACUUUUGGAUAUGAUACUGGAAUAAUUUCGAAAUUCUGAGCUGAAAAUUUUAGAAAGACGCCUGAUAGCCACGGAAAAGGUAUUUCCAUCUCAUGAUCAAAAGUCCUCUGUUGCCUUUUUACUAGUGGGGGGAGAGUACCGAUCGCAACUGUUCGCUGGGAAAUCUUUGACCCGAGAUAUUAAGUUUGCUCCAUUUGAUUUAAUCAACUGUCAAGGUGCAUAAUUGCUAGGGAAUAAAGUCUUCCAUGUCCUGUUGUAAAUAUGAAAACCAGCACAUAAACUGAAUAUUGUUUUCCCAAAGUUUAAGUGUUUCGAGAACGAAGCUGGACGGCUCAAGGAAAGCAUGGCGAGAAAUAAAACUGCUUCGAUACUAGAUAUUUUACAGGUGUGUUACAUUACAUUAUUCUUUGACACAAAACGCGACACAAAACUCUAGUUUAUCCCAGCAACUCUUGCUAUUAAAACCUUUAUAAUCGGUUCAGCCGAAUUUCUCUCUUGAAUAAGACUGAAGUGUUAGUAUAUGUAAUUGCAUGGGCCUGAGGGCAAUUAAGGAUAAAUUUCACUUGUAUUUUCAAAGUUUUCCCAAAAUUACCCGUGUCGCGAAACAGGAUUACUUCCAUCUUCUUUAUCACAUAAAGGGCAAAGUUUUUUUAAGGGAAUUGCAUUAGCGCACGAAUUCUGCGCGUUGAAGCCCUUUCAAUGCCGCCACAAAUGUCAAAACAUACGUAACUGAUCAAUAGAUUCAAUGAACAUUUUUUUAACAACAUUACACAACUUCAUUCAGUAAAAUUGCAAUCAAUGAAUCAUUGCCGCAAACAGCAAAAAGGUUCAAUCAGCAUUAAGUAAUCAUGCCCUCUUGAUUACCAAAAGCCAAUCUCGAUUUAUCGUUUUCUCAUCCUCAACUUCCCUUCUUUUGGUUGGCAGCUGUGAUUACUUUGACAACGCUAAAUCGAAGCGGUUCAUAUUUGAUAGACUUAUGUGUGCAAAUUACAUCCGGCAACACGCUAUUGUAUUUCAUUCCGUUUAGACAACGGCUGAGGAUGCCGACGACGUGCUUGGGAGCUUGACUUUUCCAAGGAACGGUUCUUCUUAUCUUAACGCUUUUAAGAUCGUAUCAAUUUUAGAAGACCUGUGGAAGGAGGCCCAAAAACGUCUGGCGAAUAGCAGCGAAAUCAUACGAAUAUUUACCAAGAGUUUUUGUAAGUAAACGUAACCAAGCUCGUCGUAAUUUAUUUAAAUAUUUCUCCCUUUUCGAUGUUUCGGGUAACAAGGAGAUUGAAAUCCAUGGAAAGAUAAGAAAUAAGAUGAAAAUUAUAUUAGAAUCAGUUAAUAUUUGAUAAAUCAAAAUGCUAGGGUGGCAAGAUGUUUUACUAAAAUUUGACGUUGGUCGUGACUUCAUGUGCGUAUAAGUUAAUGAUAUAAAAAUUUUGGCAAUAAAAUAUGAUAAACAUAGCUGUGGGAAAGAGAAAUAAAUAGUUAUCGCAUUCUUGAUGACAAAUUAAUACGAUUCUUGUUAUAAUUCAGUGUUUGAAAGUGCGAACAUCAACGGGGAAUACAGAUUUCCACAAGAAUCUCUUCUGUAUCUUCAAAAGCAGAUGCAUUGGGAUGAACUCACUGACCAGAUACAAUUACCCAGGAAACUGCUUUCUGAAGGCAAAUGUAGGUGCCAACUGUAUCUGUAUGACAUUAACCCCUUACACCUUAAGAUCAGUAAGCCUUUUCUCCAUACGGUUCUCUAUACAUUUCUUAAGGUCCUGACAAAGAGAAUUUGUUUAACAAUCAAGAACUUCUUUGGUUGGUGAUCAUUUCCUUUAAUCUUGUGACUUUAAUGUAUGAUUCAGGGAUGAUAUUGUAAGGAGAAAUUAUAUGUUAGUUACUCUUUGGGGGCAAAGGGUUAACAGUUGAAGUUGUAGGUGUGUCUCCGUUGUGCAAUAGAGCGCUUUUACUUGGCUCUUCAUUAUCGAACCAACCGCAUUAUAGGCACACAUGCACUGACUAAAAGAUAGACACCGUGAAAAUAAAUUUACAGAAAUGUCCAGAGAUUUUAAAGUGAAUAAUCUCUGGGCAUUUCUGAUUCCACUCCGCGUUCCUCAGUUACUUCCUAUUUUUUUUUUAUCCGUUUAAUUAGCAAGACUGGGAAAAUUUUGGGGUUACAGCACACUAGAAAAUAGAUAACAUACAGUCACUGCCAUUUCUUUAGAUCCGUGUCGUUCUGUUGGUGCUCUGUUUUCAAGACUACAUGCCAUUGUGCCAGUACGAUUGUAAGUAUUUAGUCGUUUGCCAGCAUUUGAGAUAUAUGUUAAUUAUAUUUUAACGUACGUUUUGCUGUGAUUGUUUUAGGAGCGACACCAAUGAAACUCUAAGGCUGAAUAGCCACGUGAUAUCCAUGUCGCUAUGUGUGCCGGUAAAGCAGAAAUACCAAAGGAAUAUUCUCAUCAUACUGAAACAUCUUAAGGUAAAUUAGACAUGUGAUAUAUUCGCCUGAAAUUCAGCGCAUGCUGUCGGAUGCUUACGAAGAAGUUUAGAAACUAUAGUCUAUCUCUAUAUUUGGCGGUCGACAGUAAAAUUUUCUUCUUUUCAGGCUCUUGACGAAAAUGAGUACACAUAUUGCGCUUUCUGGAAUUUUUCAAAACAGUAAGUGUUGUACAGAUUCUAAAGCUGAUUGCUUAGACCAUUAGGACUAUACACAGGGUUCGAAUUCCUUUAUUGGUCGUUUGAAUCAUAAUAGCAGCUUACUUAAAAAAAAAUUGAUUGUUUUGGUACUGAUGCCCGGUGCCAUCUACACGCACACCUUUUUUUCCAACCGGUUAAGUGUAACCUAACAGGACAAAGUGAUGAGUAAUUUCUUGCAAGUUGUGCAAAUUUAAUCACAGGAUUCGCCCAGCAGUCACGCUGAGUUCCGUCAUUACGCCAUUUUGUAUUGAAACUUUUGAACCGAAUUUUGAAAAUCCUUACCGUGUUGUUUCAAAUUUACACUAGCACGAUUCAAGGGAGAGGAGCUUGGUCACGUGACGGUUGUCACGUGGUUACAGAGAGGUCCAACAGGACACACACUGUGUGCGCCUGUGGUCAUCUCACCAACUUUGCUGUUCUUAUGGGAUCUGGAGAGUAUUCGGUAGGUGUCUAAACGUACAACUGGAAACUCAUCCUUGUUCUUUCAAGAAUUAGCUUGAGUUGAAUAUUUUGUUUCAUCGCGCAACUGGCCUAACAUAUGGUGAAGGGUGCUAAGUGGUAAUCAUGUUAUGGGGUUAGAGGAAGUGGCCCCCGCUCCCUCUCCCCUUCUCUUCCCUCUCCCCCUCCCUCUCCCCCCCCCCGGAAAAAAUAGAUUAAAGCAAAAGUUAAAUAACGUUCAACAGAGCCCUUUACAGUGGCCUAUGCAUCCAGGACUUGAUUUUCAGAUCCCCUCCCCUACUUUAUUGAAUAUCGCUCCGCCGUCAUUGAUAGAUAUGUAACAUCCACCUCAUGCCACAAAAUCGGAAUUUUCAAUGUUGUUUACAUGUACUAUGCAAGAUCUUAGUCGAUCCUUGACUGAUUUAUCAAACUGACCCAGUUUGGAUUUACUUGCUUUAUUCUCCCAGGUGCCAAAAGCUGACAAAUUUGCUUUGGGUAUCAUUACAUACGUUGGUUGCAUUUUAUCCUUAUUUGGAGCUGUUGGUGCUAUUACGUCGUUUGCUGUUUUCACGUAAGUUUAAAGUUCAACCAAAAUCAGGCUUGGACAAAUUAGGUAAACUAAACAGCUAGACCGAAAUUUUUUAGCUUGGAUUUUGUGCAAAACCUUGAAAUUUCAAUAAGAAGAGACCUGUUCCCUAACUUUCUUAUUUUUUUCUUACAGUCAGCUGAACACAGACCGUCAUAUCAUUCAUGGGAACUUGUUGGUGUCCAUUGCCAUUUCCCAAACCAUAUUUUUGUUUGGAAUAGAGCAGACAGAAAACGAGGUUUGUAAAAUAUUUACGGAACCUUUAAACCGCUUUCUAUCUACUGAUUUCACGUACUGACAGUGGUUUUCACUUAAUGAAAUAAAAUCUAAGAGCAAAAUAUUUAGACAAUGCGUGAUCUCAAUUUAGCCGGGUCACAGUUUAUACGAAACGAAUUAAAAACUCAGAAAAUCGCGAAGACUUUUUGAAGAGUGAAAGGAAGAGAAAGGAGAAAAGAGAAGGGAAAAAACUAAAAUCACUGAGAUAGUUUUCAAGGAUGGAAUCUUAACAAAGAACUUCGUUAUCGAAUAAGGGGUAGAUCAUCAUUUAUCGUCUGCGGGCGGUUGGAGUAUCUUGGUUGUGUCACGAUGAAAUUUAUCUGUUAUCCCCAUAAGGCUUUGCAAUACUCCUAUGAUUCCCAUCACUGGCAGCUACUCCCCUCUUUGUACUCUGUUGGAGACGACUGAUCCCCUCUUCAUCCCCCCCUGAAAACCUAGUGAUUCCUCCCCCCUAAAUCCUUCAAGCUAUUCCCCCAGAUGAUUACUAAUGACUGAUUGCGAGGUACAGGAAGGGACCUCGUUAUGUCGUCUCUCUUUUAUUCACACCUUUAGUUCCAGUGUAAAUUCACGGCGAUCAUGCUUCAUUAUUUCUACUUGGUAUCAUUCGGUUGGAUGCUUUGCGAGGGACUUCAUCUUUACACCAUGGUGGUGAAAGUCUUCAACUUGUCUUCUAAAAUUUAUCACUACAUUGUGUUAGCUUGGGGUGAGUAAUGUAAAUUUGGGGUUGAGAGUCUAUCGUAAAUUUAGUGCUUCGCUGAUGUUCAUCCCAAGGACAAAUGUCAGAAAUCUUCGCGUGACAACCUAAGAGGCAAUAAAGCUAUGCUUGUAUGUCAAGAUAAUUUGAUUUUAUCAGCUGUGUCGAUAAUGUCGUCUGAUCUUUUGGUCUGGCUCAUUCGAAUUCCCUUACGUCUCCAUUGGUCUGUGAUUUCAACAUUAUCUAAUCUACUUUCUCUGGCUAAAAAUUUGUUUUCUUUCAAAAGGGAUUCCAGCUUUGCUUGUUCUCGUAACAGCUGCUUGUAUGUACUCCGACUAUGGCACAAAAACAAGGUAUAAACGAGUUCAAAAAAAUUGCGGCAGAGUUCAUUAUUUUCUCAGCGGUAUGUUAUCUCUCACAACUGAAGAUGAGGUCUUUCUAUUUCUUCAGUUGCUGGAUUUCGCCCGAAAGAAACACUUUGUUGGCGUUCAUCAUUCCUGUAGCUGUUACCACUUUGGUAAGUUUUUUUAGCCAUUGUACAAUGAUUAUUUUUCAGAAAAAAAUCUCUUCUCUCAAUUAAUGUUUUGAAUUAUUUUCCUUUAGGCGAACAUUGUGAUCUUGGGUUUGGUUUUGCAUGAGAUUUGUCGCCUUCACACGACGGGACGAACUUGCAUGAGCGAUGUCGUUCGGUAAAGUCAUUAGAUUUCAGUUCUGUUUCAAUGAUUCUCUCGAAAGGCUUUCUUUUUGCCUGUCAUAAUUACAGAUGAACCUGAUUUACAUGAUCAAAAACAGGACAAUAUCAAGAAAACAGCCUUUAACAGAUACUAGUUUGAUUACAAGGCCGCCGACUUUGCUGCAUGACAGAAACAUUUCAUUUCAUGUUUCAGAUCUACUCUCAAGUCAUUAGUGGUACUUUUUCCUCUUCUUGGAAUUACUUGGUUAUUUGGACUGCUGGUGUUUGCUACUCAUAGUGUUGCAUUCCAGUAUCUAUUCGCUCUGUCUAAUACCAUGCAGGUAAUCUUUUUUUCUUUUCAAAACCUAUAACGAUCAGAUCUUACGAGGAGUUCAUGGUUUUUACGAAAACAGCAUGGAAACACUACCGAGGCAACAGCUGUAACAAUAAAAAUCACAUCCAUGUACUUUGCCUUACCUGCGAAAGCACACACGUAGUUUUGAAUCGCGCACAUGUAAAGCAUGCGUGUAGAUUGAACGGCGUGCGCGUAAAACACGCGUGAAUACCGCGCAAAAUGGCGAAUUUACGAUCAUAAUACUUCGCGCAUUUAGUCUGCAACUGUUUUAUAUUGUGUAUAAUGUCUCGUUUUUAACACAAUCGGUGACAGAAAAGCAAUAGGUACAAGUAACAAUUUUUUCUGGGUUUUUCGGAAAAUGUCCAGGCUGAGUUCGAGAGAGAACCGGUCUUACCUUUCCGCUCUUUGUCAAAUCGUAAAUAACUGCCAUGUCCCUUCUGCUUCAGGACUUCGUUUGUGCCCAGACGUGCGCAGUCCAGUAUGACCUUUAAUCUCAUCCUUCUUUUGUAUCGAAUCUCUCCCCUCGCCAUUUUAAACACAACGGCCACUACGUAGGCAACUUUUAACAUGCAGUAGUUGCUCUUCCGUUUCUGAAUAUUAAAAAACGGAAAUUUUACGCGUGCAAAUGUCAUUGUUUUAAGCGUCCUCUGGGUAACCUCAGAUAAAGGAAACUUUGAAACCAGAUUUGCAUUUGCUUGACCGGAAGCCCGCGCUUUGCUAGAAUACGGAGUGGUGAUGCACAUAUAUUCUGUUCUGUCUUUUGCAGGGCUUUUUCAUUUUUCUCCUUCACUCUUUGUUUAAUUCGGAGGUAUGUAAUACCGUUUCAACCAAAUCUACAUUUAGGAAUAUAAAAUGAUUUUGUUGUGAUCACAUUUCGGAUCAUCAUAAUUUUUUCAUCAAAGUUUUGAACCAAUUUUCUUCUUCUUGCCAAGAAAUUCUCUUCAUUUCUCUGAUUAUCAGUUAUAUUUAAUAUAACUUGGAAAAAUAUUCUUCGACUAUAAACAAUAAGGAGAUAAACGUUUCCCGAUUCACCAGAUGGUCAUUAACAAACGAGUGGACGCCAAAGAAGCAAUUCCAGGGGACAGUUUUAGUUAUUUUUGAAACCCUUAACUUUAGAUGAGUUCUCCAAAGAUAACGUUACGUGGAUUGCAUGUGUGUGCAAAUCAAGGUAAAAACAGUUAUUUCUGAGCUAAUAAACAGACUUGACAAUAAAACGUUAUACGAAGAACAUUUGUCUUUGUUUUAGAUUCGGAAGAACUUCAAACGUAAGAAAGAGACGUGGAAGGCAAUAAAAGCCAUCCGCUUUAUCCGUAAACGACUAUCGGGUUCCUCAGUUGUAACACCUUUAGGACGUCAGAGCUCCCUCUCAGAGAAAGCUUCUACAUUCAAGGUGAGUAACGCGAAGAAACACUGGUUGAACUCAUCGCUUAUUAAUCAAGCCCUGCAACUUUCCUUGUCGAGUUUUUCUUGACAAAAGAAUUCCUUGAUGCAAGGACUUUCUUUUCCAAUAUUAGACAUACUAGUUUCUAAACAGAGAGACUUAAUCAAAUUUCCCAAUAUUGCUUCUGCUCAUAUUUUGUUGGCACAAAGAAACCACUUUGCUUAAGACAGUCCACUGUGUUUGUCCUUGGUCGAUUUUGACGAUAAGUUCGAAGGUAGUUGUCCAUAAAAGAAGAGGCCCACAAAAUAUUAUCUCGUUAAGCUUGAUCCGGAUGAAUUGAAUUUUUUUAAAGGCUGCAGAAGAGGACAUUUUGUCUAACCACUUUUUUGCUCGUGGUGGAACCAGGGGUUAAAACAUUAUUGUUUGGGGGGAUCUAGAACUCCCUUGGCCCUCCUCUUACCCCGUCGCUUAUGGUUUCAUACGAAUCAAAGGAAGUCUUGCUCGACAACUGCCACUGACAAGUUUUUUUUGUGAAGUAAACAUCAAACAUGCAGUUCACAAGUGUACCUUCUUUCCCGAAAUUUCUUAAUUGCGUAAAAUGACUUGAGUUGUCCUAUUUCGUCGUUCAGAGACUCAGAAGAACAAGCUCAAAAGUUCAAGAGCUGAGGAUGUUUGGUCGGUCAUCGCAGCUUCCAUCACAGUACACGUUAUAACAGCAUGAAUGAAGGUCAUUUGACUCAGAGAGGAACACCACCACUUACAUAUGUUUUCUUUGCCUGCCCUUAUGCGUUUCCCCUUAGAAGAUUUCUCCCACUGUUCUCUCACUAUUCUUAGUUGAGUGUUAAAGGCACAUCCUCACCCAAAGUUAACAGCACCUUCCCUUUUUUUUCAGCCUUCUUCAGCUGAGUGA